ACACAAGCUUAGUCCACUACACAAAUAUCUUUUAGCUUAAACUUUGAGUUCGUUCCCUUUCAAUAGCUUUAAUUUUGAGAGAUGGCUAUUAGGAUCCCUGUGACGACGAGAUUUGAGGGAAGGUCAUAUGCUCUAAUUUUUUGCUGGCUUUUUGGGAGCGGUUGUUCUUUAGCAUGGAACAACAUGCUCACGAUCGCGAGCUAUUAUGCUUAUUUGUUUCCCCUAAGUCGGUAUCAUCCAUCAAGAAUCCCUACAAUCAUUUACCAAUCAUUUGCCAUCGGAGCACUUAGUGUUCUUGUUUACAAAGAGGCAAGUCUCAAUACCAGACGUCGAAAUUUGUUUGGAUACGGUCUCUUUUCCCUCGGCUCUCUUGCUAUCCUAGUGUUAGAUUUAGCUACUUCGGGAAGAGGAGGGAUUGGAUCUUUCAUUGGAGUAUGCAUCAUUAGUGCGGUAUUUGGUCUAGCUGAUGCACAUGUUCUAGGUGGAAUGAUUGGAGAUCUGUCUUUGAUGGCACCAGAGUUUGUUCAGUCGUUUCUAGCUGGCUUAGCUGCUUCGGGAGCACUUACCUCUGGAUUGAGGCUGGUCACAAAAGUAGCAUUCAAAGACUCUAGGAAUGGCCUUCGCAAGGAAGCUAUGUUGUUUUUUGCAAUCUCCGUCAUUUUUGAGUUGCUAUGCGUCAUUUUAUAUGCGUAUGUUUUCCCGAAGCUAGUCAUCGUAAAAUUCUACCGUGCACAAGCUGUAGCUCAAGGGUCCAAAACUGUAUCAGCGGACCUUGUAGCUGGAGGCAUACAAGAGUUACCAACAAGACAGGCAGAGGAAGAACCAAUAAUAUUAGAUCAUCGGUUCAGCAACAAAGUCUUAUUUUUACUGAACAUAGAUUAUGGAAUCAGCUUAUUUUUGGUAUAUCUAUUGACAUUUAGCAUUUUCCCGGGUGUUCUGUCUAAGGACAGUGGAAAACACAGUUUAGGAGACUGGUAUCCUCUAAUGUUGAUAGCAGUGUUCAACGUCUCGGAUUUAGUUGGAAGAUACGUUCCCUUGGUCAAGAAGUUGAAGAUGGAGUUGGGAAUAGGUCUCAUGAUAACAUCGUUUGCACGUUUCUUGUUGGUUCCAGCUUUCUAUUACACAGCCAGAUAUGGAAACCAAGGCUGGAUGAUUUUCUUGACCUCGGUUUUGGGAUCAAGCAAUGGAUACUUGACUGUUUGUAUUUUAACAGUAGCACCAAUGGGUUACUCGGCACCGGAGCGAAAUGGGCUAGGAAACAUAUUGGUGUUAUGUUUGUCUGGAGGGAUGUUUGCAGGAGUCAUGUGUGAUUGGCUUUGGUUUAUUGGUAAAGGUUGGUAAAUGUUGUUGCCUACCCGUUGAAGGAAUGGUUUGGUUUGGUUUCCUGAUAAUAAAUGUAAUCUCUAAAGUCUCGAAGAUAAGUAGAGACCUGCCAUUUUCAUGUAGGACAUUUAUCUCUUUUAAUAAUAAAGUUCAUUGAACGUUA